GGAAGCUUCGUCAAACAAGAAAAUUUCUAUUCAGAAACUCGAAAAUUAACUAUCAGAUCUGAUAUUCACUCACAGUCAUGGCAUCCUCCAGCGGUCCACUAAAUGAGGAGCUCCAGUGCUCCAUCUGUCUGGAUGUGUUCACUGAUCCAGUCAGCACUCCAUGUGGACACAACUUCUGCAGAACCUGCCUGAACAAGUGCUGGACAAACACACAGACCUGCUUCUGUCCAUUCUGUAAAAGAAAGUUCAGAAAAAUACCUGAUCUCAAGAUUAAUACAACACUCAGAGAGGUUGUGCAGCACUUUAAGGAGAAGCUCAAUCGAGGAAGAUCUGAGGUGUUGUGUGACAUCUGUGAUGGAAGAAAGCAGAAAGCUGUGAAGUCCUGCCUGACGUGUCAAAGCUCUUACUGUGAGACUCACCUGGAGCCUCAUCACAGAGUCCCACGUCUAAAGAAACACAAACUGAUCAACGCUGUGGAAAAUCUGGAGGAUUAUAUAUGCCAGAAACACGAGAGACCUCUGGAGCUGUUCUGCAGAGAUGAUCAGACGAGUGUGUGUCUGUCCUGCACUGAAGGAGACCACAGGACUCACAACACUGUUCCUAUAGAGGAGGAGAGUCAGCAGAAGAAGAAUCAUCUGGUUCAGACACAGACAGACGUGCAGCAGAUGAUCCAGAACAGAAUGAAGAAGAUUCAUGAGAUCCAGCACUCAGCAGAGAAGAGAAAGAGACGUCAGUCCAAGCUGCUAAAGAUGAUGGAGGAACAGCAGAAAGCAGCAGAGAAACAGGCUGAAGAUCUCAUUAAAGAGCUGCAGCAGGAAAUCACUGAUCUGAAGAAGAGAAACACUGAGCUGGAGCAGCUCUCACACACUGACGAUCAUCUCCAUGUCAUACAGGUCUGUCAACAUCUGCCUCAUCACAAUAACACCAAGAACUGGACUGAGAUCUGCAUUGACUCUCAUAUGGACGUGCUCCCUCUGCAUAGUGCUUUGAUUCGACUGAAGAAAACUCUAGAUGGGAUUCUAAAUGAAAAACUCCGUCAAACUGUAUCCACAGGGUUGAAGUGUGUGCAGAAGUUUGCAGUGGAUGUGACUCUGGAUCCUGAUACGGCGCAUCGAUAUCUCAUCCUGUCUGAUGAUGGAAAACAAGUCAGGCAUGGAGACAAUAAGCAUUACCUCUCAAACAACCCACAGAGAUUUGAUGUCUGUUCUUGUGUUCUGGCAAAGCAGGGAUUCCGUUCAGGCAGAUUUUACUAUGAGGUGCAGGUGAAGGGAAAGACUGAUUGGGAAUUAGGAGUGGCCAGAGAAUCCAUUAACAGGAAGGUGAUGAACACACUGACUCCAGAGAAUGGAUUCUGGACUUUGAUUAAGAGGAAUGAGAAUCAAUAUACAGCUUGUGAAAGUCAAGCUGUCUCUUUAUCUCUGAGAGUGAAACCUGAGAAAGUGGGAGUGUUUGUGGAUUAUGAGGAGGGUCUGGUCUCUUUUUAUGAUGUGGGCUCCAGCUCUCAUAUCUACUCUUUCACUGAUCAGACUUUCACUGACAAACUCUAUCCAUAUUUUAGUCCAGGCCGCGAUGAUGAAGGUAAAAACACAAACCCACUGAUCAUCUCACCUGUUAACAAAUAA